CGGAGGACACCGACCGUCUGAGCUCAGCCUUCACCGAGGUGCACACCAGAGGAGAAGGUGCACACCGGAAGGGGAGACGCAUGAGGGUUUCGUCUUAGGAGCUGGACUGACAACUCGGGGUUUGUCUUCCUGUCGGUGUCGGUGAGGAGAGGAGAGGAGAGGGAAGGAGAGGAGAGGAGACAGAGGGGGGAUCUUCAGUGCUGGAGCGACCAGCUGCCUUUUCUUCUGUCGGGGCUGCGGUAAAAGUCGUUCACGAUGCCGGUGUUUCACACCAAGACCAUCGAGAGUAUCCUGGAGCCGGUGGCCCAGCAGAUCUCCCACCUGGUCAUCAUGCACGAGGAGGGGGAGGUGGACGGUAAAGCCAUCCCAGAUCUGACGGUACCGGUGGCCGCGGUGCAGGCGGCAGUCAGCAACCUUGUGCGGGUGGGGAAGGAGACUGUUCAAACCACCGAGGACCAGGUGAUGAAGAGAGACAUGCCUCCUGCGUUCAUUAAGGUGGAGAACUCGAGCUCCAAGCUCGUCCAGGCGUCUCAGAUGCUAAAGGCAGAUCCAUACUCUGUUCCUGCACGAGACUACCUGAUCGAUGGAUCCAGAGGGAUACUGUCUGGAACGUCCGACCUGCUCCUUACUUUUGAUGAGGCAGAGGUGCGUAAGAUAAUUCGUGUGUGCAAAGGCAUCCUAGAGUAUCUGACAGUGGCUGAGGUGGUGGAGACCAUGGAGGACCUCAUCACUUACACCAAGAACCUGGGACCAGGGAUGACCAAAAUGUCAAAGAUGAUUGAGGAGAGGCAGCAGGAGCUGACGCACCAAGAACACAGACAGAUGCUAAUAAACUCCAUGAACACUAUCAAAGAGCUGCUGCCUGUUCUUAUAUCAGCUAUAAAGAUUUUUGUGGCAACCAAGAGCAGUCGAGGUGCCGGCCUUGAGGAGGCAGAGAGGAACAGACGGUUUACCUUUGAAAAGAUGAGCGCUGAAAUCAACGAGAUCAUAAGAGUCUUACAGCUCACCACGUGGGAUGAAGACGCCUGGGCCAAUAAGGACAUGGAGGCUUUGAAGAGAUGUCUGGCUUUGAUUGAGUCAAAGAUGGCACAAGCUAAAAGCUGGCUCAAAGACCCUCAUGGACAACCAGGAGACCCUGGUGAGGUCGCCCUGCGUGUGAUACUGGAUGAAGCCGGUAAGGUGGGAGAGCUGUGUGCUGGGAAGGAGAGGAAAGAUAUACUGGCAACCGCCAAGGCUCUGGGACAAAUGACCGACCAGAUUGCAGAUCUACGAGCCAGAGGCCAGGGCCCGACCCCAGGGUGUGUGCAGCGUGCAGGCCAGUGCUCACAGGGCUUAGACUUGUUAUUUGGCAAAGUGGACGGUGCUGCCCGCAGACUGGAGGCUCUAAUCAAUGCCAAGCAGGCCAUUGCCAGGAGGCUGGAUGCUGCGCAGGCCUGGCUGGCCGAUCCUAACGGUGGUCCUGAGGGGGAGGAGAACAUCAGAGCGCUACUAGCAGAGGCCAAACGCAUCGCCGAUCUAUGUGAAGACCCCAAAGAGAGGGACGACAUCCUGCGCUCCAUCAGUGAGAUCGCAGGCCUCACCGCCAGACUCGUGGAGCUACGCAAACAGGGUAAAGGUGACAGCCCGGAGGCUCGUGCAUUGGCAAAGCAGAUCGGGGCGGCGCUGCUGACCCUGCAGUCCAAAACAAACCGGGCUGUGGCCAACAUGAGACCGGCCAAACCUGCCGUCACUUUGGAGGGCAAGAUGGAGCAGGCCCUCCGCUGGGUGAACAACCCGGGGGUGGACGACAGAGGAGUAGGUCAGGCAGCAAUCAGAGGAAUGGUCGGAGAAGGGAAGAGGUUGGCAGGAAGCCUGUUAGGCCCGUAUCGGCAGGAUAUGAUUGGACGCUGUGACCGAACAGAAGCUCUAAUGGCAUCGUUGGCAGACAUGGCCGGCAGGGGCGAGGCUGAGGCUCCUCAUGCACGAGCUACAGCUGCACAGCUACAGGACAGCCUCAAGGACCUGAGGCAGCACAUGCAGGAGGUGAUGACCCAGGAAGUGUCUGAUGUUUUCAGUGACACCACGACCCCAAUCAAACUGCUGGCCGUGGCUGCAACUGCUCCUCCUGAUGCCCCCAACAGAGAGGAGGUUUUUGAAGAGCGUGCGGGGAACUUUGAGACCCACGCAGGUCGGCUGGGGGCGACCGCAGAGAAGGCUGCUGCCGUGGGAACAGCCAAUAAGAGCACAGUGGAGGGGAUACAUGCUGCUGUGAAACAUGCCAGGGAGCUCACGCCACAGGUGACCUGUGCUGCUCGGAUCUUGCUGAAGAAUCCUGGAAAUAAAGCAGCAUACGAGCACUUUGACACCAUGAAGAACCAGUGGAUCGACAAUGUGGAGAGACUCACUGGUCUGGUGGACGAGGCCAUCGACACCAAAUCUCUGCUGGAUGCUUCUGAGGAGGCCAUAAAGAAAGACAUCGACAAGUGCCGAGUUGCCAUGGCGAAUGUUCAGCCCCAAAUGCUUGUUGCCGGGGCAACAAGCAUAGCAAGACGAGCUAAUCGGGUCCUGUUGGUGGCUAAGAGGGAAGUGGAGAACUCUGAAGAUCCACGGUUCAGAGACACGGUGAAACAUGCGUCAGACAUCCUCUCCCACACCAUCUCACCCAUGGUGAUGGACGCCAAAGCAGUGGCUGGAAACAUACAAGAUAAAGCUCUGCAAAAGGCCUAUUUGGACUCGUGUCUGAGGAUCCUGGCUUCAGUCGGAAAAGUGAGAGAAGCCUUCCAACCUCAGGAGCCUGACUUCCCUCCUCCACCACCCGACCUAGACCAGCUCCAUGUUAGUGAUGAGCAGGCGCCACCCAAGCCCCCCUUACCAGAGGGCGAGGUGCCCCCACCUCGGCCCCCUCCUCCGGAGGAGAAGGAUGAAGAGUUCCCAGAGCAGAAGGCUGGAGAGGUGCUCAGCGAGCCCAUGAUGGUGGCGGCCAGGCAGCUGCACGAUGAGGCGCGCAAGUGGUCGAGCAAGCCUGAGGAUGAGGAGGCAGUAGAGGAGAGAGAGGUAGAUGAUGAAGAUGAGUUUACUGAUGGUGAGGAUGACUAUGAGCCAGAGCUGCUGAUGAUGCCCUCCAACCAGCCUGUCAAUCAACCCAUUCUGGCAGCGGCCCAGUCUCUCCACCAGGAGGCGCGCAAGUGGUCCAGCAAGGGUAAUGACAUUAUAGCAGCAGCCAAGCGGAUGGCCCUGCUGAUGGCAGAAAUGUCUCGGCUGGUGCGUGGCGGGAGCGGGAACAAACGAGCGCUGAUUCAGUGUGCCAAGGACAUCGCCAAGGCCUCAGAUGAGGUGACGAGACUAGCUAAAGAAGUGGCCAAGCAGUGCACCGACAGACGCAUCAGAACUAACCUGCUGCAGGUGUGUGAACGGAUCCCCACCAUCAGUACUCAGCUGAAGAUCCUCUCGACUGUCAAAGCCACUAUGCUGGGACGAACAAACAUCAGUGAAGAAGAGUCAGAGCAGGCCACAGAGAUGUUGGUCCAUAACGCCCAGAAUCUAAUGCAGUCAGUGAAGGAGACCGUCAGGGAAGCAGAAGCAGCCUCCAUCAAGAUCCGCACAGAUGCAGGAUGCACCCUUCGCUGGGUGCGCAAAACCCCCUGGUACCAAUAAACAAACCUGGUCCUUGAAUCUAGCAACAAUCUUAACUUUGCACCGAUAGCACACACCUGGGGUAAAAGUAGCAAAGUGCAAACAUGUGCACUUCUUCACAGAGGAGACUGAUGGUGAUGUGGCGUGUACCAGGAGCCAUCAAAUAUGGUACCAAGCAGGUUUCAUUUAUCGGAGUGAGUUUAGCUUUGCUCUCCAGCUCUCCUUAUGUGUAACUGUGGAAUCACGUAGGCUUACGGAGACAGUUUUUAAUAUAUAUUUUUGGUAUGUUGUGUUACAAGAGUUUAUCCAAAUCCCAGGUAUAUAUUUUUUGCAUGAAAAUUUUUUCUAUUUUCUAAAGCAAAAUUAUGACAUUAAGAUACUUAUCUCCUAGAGAACAUUUACUUUGAAUUCUUUUCUUUUUUCAGUGAGAGUUUCUUAUUGUCUAUUGUAUAUACAGUAAUAAUUUGUUUUAUGGACAACACUCAGCUACGAGCUUUAUACACUGAGUUUGACACUAAAGUGUGGAGUCUUGUGUGGGCCAACGAGCUCUCCUCUCUUCAUGUUUACUUUUAACACUGUUCUUAAAUGAAGAUCUAUGAAUUCAAAGGUGAUACAUCACCACUGUUGUCCGGUGAUGUCUGAAGAACCAGAAUGUCUUCUGGAUUUAAAGUGUUAUGCUUAUAGGCAAAAGAUAUAGUUUCAGAAAUGAUUGUAUAAUUUAAAAAGAAAUGUACGCUUGUCAAUAAAUAAUGAAUAAUGUUGAUUGCAGGAAGGUCGAUUCUUAAUAGAAAAGAGGUUUUCAUGUGACAGUUGCAGUAUGAGUGAUAGACGUUCAGGUUUAAGUUGAGACGUUCUUAAUGGGUGUAUUGAGUUCUUUCUUUUAACAGUGAACAAUGCCAAAGGAUUUGUUUUAUGGUACUGUAUGUUUCAUCUUAACACUUAAAGGGACAGUUCACCCCGAAAUCAAAAAUACAUAUUUUUCCUCUUACCUGUAGUGCUAUUUAUCAGUCUAGAUUGUUUUUGGUGUGAGUUGUUGAGUGCUGGAGAUAUCAGCCGUAGAGAUGUCUGCCUUCUCUUACAUAUAAUGGAACUAGAUGGCACUCGGCUUGUGGUGCUCAAAGCGCCAAAAAAUACAUUUGAAAAACUCAACAGCAAUGUUUCUUUACAGAAAUCAUGACCUGCUUACUCAAGAUAAUCCACAGACCUUGUUGUGAGCAGUUUCAUGUAGGGACUAUUUUCUUUCUCCUAAACUAAACCCACCAACACUGUGCAUUUUGCAAGCUCACCUAGCAUCACUGACCUGGCUAACGUUACAGCUCAGCCAAGGAGAAUGCCAUUAAUGUUUAGAUCUCAUGCUGCCAUGAGCACGAGCCUCUCAUCCAAGAGUAGAUGCAUGCACAGGCAUGGAUUUUGAGGAGAUGCAGAAGACACAUCCCCAUCAAUAUUUAGAUGAUGUGACUUUGUCCCCCCUAGUAAAAACAUGAAAGUAACAGGACUUUUACUUCGACAAACUGCUCAAACUCAACUCAUAGUGGUGGCAAUAUACAACCUUAAAACAAUGGUUGCAAUCUGCUAUAAAACAGGAAGAAGAUGAAGCAACUAUGCUGGAUAGAAGGAAGGAAGUACCAACCCAUUUUCACUCCUUGCUCUCAUUGUGUAAUAUUGCCGGGGAGGGUUUACAUUGGGAUCAACUGAAAGCCUGGGGAUCAUAAUAUAGACGCUAAAGCGUGCCUUUGGCGAAGGCAUCACAAGCUGAAGGAUGUGACAAGGUAUCGGCAUUCAACAUGCUGGGAAUGAGAACGUGCUGGAGAAUAUUUUCACCAUACAUUGAUGCAGAAAAGACACAAAUUGGUGCAUCUUUGCAUACAGGAAUGAAGUGUUUGAAACUCAAAAUAAAUUGGAGGAAGGACCUCUAGACCGUCCCCCUCAAAUGUUGGCAAAAAACCUGCCCCCUUAGAUGCAACACAACAAGGUCUGUGGAUUAUCUUGAGUAACUGGGUCAUGAUUUCUGGAAAGAGACAUUGCUCUUGAGUUUUUCAAAUGCAUUUUUUGGUGCUUUGAGUACUACAACCCGAGUACCAUCUAGUGCUAUUUUAUUUUGGAGACAGCAGACAUCUCUACGGUCGAUAUCUCCAACACUCUGCAACUCACACCAAAAUAAUCUAGACUGAUAAACAGCACUACAGGUGAGAGGAAAAAUAUGUAUUUUUGUUUUUGGGGUGAACUGUCUCUUUAAAAUCCAGGUUAUUACAAACGAGACAGACCGUUUUCUUUAGUGUCGCUGAGGUACUUUUUGAGGUCUGAUAUUUUUAUGUUUUGUUUUUUUUUUAAGCAAAAAAAAGAAAAAUAAUGUUUUCUCUUUUUUAACUAAUUGUAGUGCUUUGUUUUUGCACUAUCUCUGUAACAGUUGAGCUGUUUGGAUAUUUUAUUCAAAAUUCAUCAGAACCAAUGACGUCAGACAGCCGUUCAACCUCCUGAUUGUAGACUUCUCUCCAUGUGUGAGCUCACUCAUCCCACUCUGAAUGCUCUGAAGCAUCAUCUUCAUAAAAGACAACCCCGGUGGUUUGAAAACAAAAACAACCUUUUUAAGUGAUACCAGGCAUUGAUGUCAGUGUCGUUUUUGUUAUAGGAGUAGAGUUUUGUCUGGAAAAAAUACACAGCAGUUUAAAGAUUUGUGAUUGGUAAAUUCAAUCAGAUCAUUGAAAACAUAUUUUCAUUCCCUACACAGUAAUUCAUUGAGUUUUAUGACACAUUUUUACAAUGGCCGGGCAAAUUUAACUAUUAAAUGGAGAAUGUGUAUGUGUGUGUGUGUGUGUGUGUAUAUGUGUGAAACCUCUUCACUUAAUCAGUAUUAGUGAGCCGUGCCCUCGAUGGUUACAGGGACAGAGCUCUAAAUGUUAGCCGCAUUUACAUCUUUAUUUGAGCCUACUGAGCAUGUAGCAGUCACUGACCCCUCACUGAGAGCGACAGGGUGUACUUCUGUGUGUACUUGAUGUGUUCAUUCACACCCUGAAUGUAUUCUGAUAGCUUCUCGCCCUGCCAACACAUCUGCUGUGCCUUGGAAGAAUAAAAGAUUAUAAUAAUGUUGAA